GUCUCCAGUAUCCCAGAAGUAAAUAACCACGCCUACUAGUAUGGAGGAAGAUUACAUGUCCGACGUUUUCCUCAGCCAAAGUGCUCAAGUUAAACCAGGACUCCUCACAAAGUCGCAAAAGAGAAAGAUCAAUGAUGGAGGAAAAGGUAGACCCCAGGCUAAAAAGAAGAAGGUGGUUGAGGAUGAGAAGAGAAAACUAGGACUGGCCACACCUCUCUCUUUGGAGAACAAGGGGUUCGCUCUGCUUCAGAAAAUGGGCUACAAACAAGGAGCAGGCAUUGGCAAAUCAGGUGCUGGAGAAACUAAUUUGAUUCCGCUCGUCCUCAAGGAUGGUAGAGGUGGACUUGGAAGAAGCUCAUUUUUAAAGGAAAAAGAAGCAGUAAAGACGGCCCAGAAACAUGAACAACAGACGCAGACACUCACUGACUUUAUUCAACGGAAGCAGCAAUCUCAAAUAGUCAUGAGGAUGGAGGGAGAUUUCAGACACAGUCAGCAAGCAUGUGAGCAGCUUGAUAAGGAGUUGGGUCAAAGUAUACCCACUAUACCUUGGUUCUGGGCGUCUCCGUCUCCCCUAGCUGAGGAUGAAGACAGUGAUGAGUCUAGUGACUGUGAAGAGGAGCCUUUAGUAGCUGAGAAGCUUGCUACACUGACAGACUACCUCAGAGAUAAUCACUUCUACUGUGUGUGGUGUGGGACAUCUUAUGAGAGUACAAAGGAUAUGAGUAUGCACUGUCCAGGGAACACAAGAGAAGUACAUGACAAUUUUUAAGUAGUGUUCAAAUGAUUUUCAACAAUUCGUUCUUUCUUUUUGUUCAUCCACCAAUCCUUCAUCAUUGCAAUGUCGUCUCAUCUGUAAGCGUGAAAAACAAUAUGUUAAAUUGAAUGAAUACUUCAUGUGAA